AUGCCCUCUCUCAUAACUUUGCUUGCCUUCUUGGCACAGAGCACCUCAAUUAUUGCCGCCGGCUCUUGUGAACCAUCACCGUAUGGCUUCUUUGUCAACAAUACUAUCUACCAGCCAGUUAGGGACGAGAGUCUCACCUAUCCUCGUUACACCGAGCUGGAAGAUGGUACUAUUCUUGCAACAGCUUCGUUCUCAGGCCACACUCCGGCUUUCUUUCCAGUGUUUGAGAGCAAGGAUGGCGGUGCAAAAUGGGAACGGGUUUCCAACGUGACGGACACCCAGAACGGCUGGGGUUUCCCCGCGCAGCCUGCGCUCGCUGAGUUGACUGAGACUUUGGGGGGCUACGAUGCAGGUACUAUCCUGGCUUCGGGCAACAGUUGGAGCGAAAACGGCACGCGCAUCGACCUCUACGCAAGUACGGACCGAGCAAGGUCUUGGGAGUUUGUCAGCCACGUGGCUGAGGGUGGACGCCCCAACACAACAAACGGCGCCACGCCCGUCUGGGAACCAUAUCUAUUGGUCUAUAACCACUCUCUAGUUUGCUAUUACUCAGACCAGCGGGAUCCCGAUCACGGUCAGAAGCUUGCUCACCAAGUCUCAACGGAUUUGAGAACAUGGGGUCCGGUUGUGGACGACGUAGCCUAUGACGAGUAUCUCGCUCGCCCCGGCAUGACUGUGAUUGCUUGGAUCCCUCCCAUCAAGAAGUGGAUUCUUGUUCAUGAAUUUCCUGUGGGAAAUUCCAGUUCGCACGGAGUCAAUUACCCAGUGUACUACCGACUUGCCGAUAGUCCCCUGGACUUCCGGCUCUCCGAAGGCUUACCUAUCGUGGUCAAGAACCAGACUGCGCCAAACGCUAGCCCUUAUGUAGUUUGGAGCCCGAUUGGGGGUCCUAAUGGGACCAUCGUCGUUUCGGACGCGGAUCGGAGCCAAGUCUAUACAAAUCAGUUUGGGGGCGAUAUCAACGAGUGGGAAGAACACGCAACACCGGCUGGCGCAACGUACAGCAGAGCUAUCCAGAUCCUUCGUCAAUAUCCAGACCACCUCGUGAUCUAUGGAGGCGAGACUUAUGAUAACCUAGGUGCUCAUUUGCUGACGCCUUUCACGGCGACAGUUGUUAAUCUUAGAAGUAUACUAGCGGAUUAA